AUGAAAUUGUCUCUAAUCUGCAUUUGUGUGAGUCUUGCGCUCAUACAGAUUGUAGGCGUCACAGGACAGUGCGAUGAUGGAUCGAUGGAUAAUACAAACCCUGGUGAUAACACAGGACCCCUAGAUCUCGGCGAUGGCCCUGUAAAUGAGUUCGAUCCCGAAUAUGACAACCCCGAUUGUGAGAACCCCGAUUAUCAGGACCCCCAAUGUUACGAUGACUCGUGGACCACAACCAAAAAACCAAAGAAAAAGAAGCGAACAACUACAACAAAACGACCCAAAAAGAAAACCACCAAACGAACCACAACCAAAAGAACCCGAGCGCCUAAAACUACUACAAGUGUUCCUGAUACCACGGAUUCGAGCCCCCCAGUAACAACUCCAUCGUGUCCUGACGCAACUUCACAAUUAACUACAGUUACCGAUACAUCCACCCAGUCGAGUACUGACACUACACCGCCCAUAUGUGCCGACUCUACGACUGUAGCACCGACAGACAGUCCAACCUGUAGGCCUCCGCCACCAACUUGCAAUCCUCCUCCAACCAGUACAACUAUUACACCCCCGCCUCCCACAUGCAAUCUUCCACCUUCAACGCCGCCACCUACAUGCAAUCCUCCGCCAACCACGACAACAAGUGCACCACCACCCCCAACCUGCAAUCCUCCGGAAACCACUCCAAAGAACACUCCACCUCCUCCAACUUGCAAUCCUCCUCCAACCACGCCGAAGAUUACUCCAACCACGCCGAAGGUUACACCACCACCUCCAACUUGCGCUCCUCCCCCAACAACGCCGAAAGUUACACCACCGCCCCCGACAUGCAAUCCUCCGGAAACCACGCCCAGGAUUACUCCACCACCUCCAACCACGCCGAAUGUUACACCACCACCCCCGACUUGCAGUCCUCCGGAAACCACGCCAAAAGUAACACCACCUCCUCCAACUUGCAAUCCUCCGCCAACCACCCCGAAGGUUACACCACCGCCCCCAACAUGCAAUCCUCCUGAAACCACGCCAAAGAUUACUCCAACCACGCCGAAGGUUACACCACCACCUCCAACUUCCGCUCCUCCCCCAACAACGCCAAAAGUUACACCACCGCCCCCGACAUGCAAUCCUCCGGAAACCACGCCCAGGACUACUCCACCACCUCCAACCACGCCGAAGGUUACACCACCACCCCCAACUUGCAAUCCUCCGGAAACCACGCCAAAAGUAACACCACCUCCUCCAACUUGCAAUCCUCCGCCAACCACGCCAAAGGUUACACCACCGCCCCCAACAUGCAAUCCUCCUGAAACCACGCCAAAGAUUACUCCAACCACGCCGAAGGUUACACCACCACCUCCAACUUCCGCUCCUCCCCCAACAACGCCAAAAGUUACACCACCGCCCCCGACAUGCAAUCCUCCGGAAACCACGCCCAGGAUUACUCCACCACCUCCAAACACGCCGAAGGUUACACCACCACCCCCGACUUGCAGUCCUCCGGAAACCACGCCAAAAGUAACACCACCUCCUCCAACUUGCAAUCCUCCGCCAACCACCCCGAAGGUUACACCACCGCCCCCAACAUGCAAUCCUCCUGAAACCACGCCAAAGAUUACUCCAACCACGCCGAAGGUUACACCUCCACCUCCAACUUGCGCUCCUCCCCCAACAACGCCGAAAGUUACACCACCGCCCCCGACAUGCAAUCCUCCGGAAACCACGCCCAGGAUUACUCCACCACCUCCAACCACGCCGAAGGUUACACCACCACCCCCAACUUGCAGUCCUCCGGAAACCACGCCAAAAGUAACACCACCUCCUCCAACUUGCAAUCCUCCGCCAACCACGCCGAAGGUUACACCACCGCCCCCAACAUGCAAUCCUCCUGAAACCACGCCAAAGAUUACUCCACCACCUCCAACCACGCCGAAGGUUACACCACCACCUCCAACUUGCGCUCCUCCCCCAACAACGCCGAAAGUUACACCACCGCCCCCGACAUGCAAUCCUCCGGAAACCACGCCAAAGGUUACUCCACCACCUCCAACCACGCCGAAGGUUACACCACCGCCCCCAACAUGCAAUCCUCCUGAAACCACGCCAAAGAUUACUCCACCACCUCCAACCACGCCGAAGGUUACACCACCACCUCCAACUUGCGCUCCUCCCCCAACAACGCCGAAAGUUACACCACCGCCCCCGACAUGCAAUCCUCCGGAAACCACGCCAAAAGUAACACCACCUCCUCCAACUUGCAAUCCUCCGCCAACCACGCCGAAGGUUACACCACCGCCCCCAACAUGCAAUCCUCCUGACACCACGCCAAAGAUUACUCCAACCACGCCGAAGGUUACACCACCACCCCCGACUUGCAGUCCUCCGGAAACCACGCCAAAAGUAACACCACCUCCUCCAACUUGCAAUCCUCCGCCAACCACGCCAAAGGUUACACCACCGCCCCCAACAUGCAAUCCUCCUGAAACCACGCCAAAGAUUACUCCAACCACGCCGAAGGUUACACCACCACCCCCGACAUGCAAUCCUCCGGAAACCACUCCAAAAGUAACACCGUCUCCUCCAACUUGCAAUCCUCCGCCAACCACCCCGAAGGCUACACCACCGCCCCCAACACUACCUCCAACCACGACAACAAGUGCACCACCGCCCCUAACAUGCAAUCCUCCUUCAACCACGACAAGUACUCCAUCGUCCCCAACUUGCAAUCCCACGAUAACUACUCCAAGAAUUACACCUCCAACAACAACUCCAACAACUACUCCAAGAACCACUCCAACAACACCAACCACUCCUCAACCUACGGUUCCAACUCACCGUCCUUGUCCGUGUCAGCCAAGCCCCUCAAACCCAAAUCCUCCACCUUGGUGGUAUCCAUUCCCCAUUUAUCCGAAUCCUUUGUGGCCUUGGCUGCCAUCUCCAUAUCCCAAACCCUUUCCACAAUGGCCUGGCUCACCCCCAUCUCUACCAGGACCUCAAUGGCCAAAUAAUCCUAACUGGCCAGAGCCCCAGCCGUCUCCUAACUGGCCCUGGCCAUGGCCUAAGCCUCCUGUGGUAGUCCCCAAUGGCAAUGGCUGUGAGAACAUUUGUGAGAACCUCUUGAAGGGAGUUAAGUACCAGGAAGAUCUAAUCAAGAAGUGCUUGUGUCCUCGCUCAUAA